CGGUAGGCCUUGCCAGCACGGGACAAUCCUCGGUCUGUCCUACUCAGAGAGUCCCCGCCCGCUCACCUUCCAGCCGGUGUCCGGCCGCCGCUGUUGAUGCCGCUGACUGGGGAAGACAUACCGCCGGGCCCCGGUGUUCCGUUAGUCGCCUUUCUCCCGCCUGAGCCGGAUUGCUGCUGGGGUUUCAGCAUUGCGAAGCACAAGCCUUAGACAGUACCAAGCUUGAGCUAACUUAAUAAAAUUGAACUCUCCCGAAAAGAAGCUGGUGUACAGCCAACUAUCUUUAGCAAUAUCACCUGCCUACAACGUGAAGAGCCGGGGUAACCUCAAAAAAAAAAAAAAAAAACACCCCGGCCACUGUAGCAACUCAACACCAGUCGCCUGUGGCCUACCGUGUUGAUGUAAACCUUUUAGAAAGUUAAAUUAAUUCUACCAUAUAUCUGAUAUAAAAAUACCCGUUGAUAACUAUUGUGUUAACCUUUUGAGUCACGUAAAAAAACAGACACAAAUGCUUAAAGAAUAACAGCUUUCACGUAAUUAUUUAGCUGGCUAUGUUAGCAUUAGCUUUGAUCCUCAGGCUCACUUCGGAAGCUUUCCCUCCGGGAUUUACUUUCUUCCCUCUGUCCUGUCGCCUCAACUUCGGCUCCGCUGGCUCUUCCGUUACAAACUAAGAGCUCGACGUUACUGUCAGUCGCCUCAGAAGGUUGAAUUUUUGUUCAGGUUUCUCGUUGGAAAACCUGCUGCGGUCGGUCAACACCACCUUUCGGUAGGCUCACUUGACUCAAUCCGCGCGCGGCUGAGUGGAAACCGGCUGGAAGGGGGAGGGGGCGUUGACGUGCAUUUUUCACGUACCGGUACAUGCCUCACAUGUUGACAAGGAAGCUAUCGCCAGUGCAGAGCAUCUGGUUUCUGGUAACCAAGAGGGCCAGUCACAUCUCCAGACAGCUAUAUGAUGUCAUCGUUGUGGGUGGAGGUCACGCCGGAACAGAGGCGGCGGCUGCAGCAGCCCGGGCUGGCGCGGAGACCCUCCUUGUCACACAGAAAAUACAAACAAUCGGCGCCCUGUCCUGUAAUCCAUCUCUGGGAGGAGUAGGCAAGGGCCAUCUGGUAAAGGAGAUAGAUGCUCUGGAUGGGCUCUGUGGCAGAGCUGGGGACUGGGCAGGGAUUCAUUUCUCCAUCCUGAAUCGUAGAAAAGGGCCCGCUGUGUGGGGGCCGAGAGCUCAGCUGGAUCGCCAGCGCUACCGGGAGUUCAUUCAGGCAGAGCUGCUGUCUACUCCCAGGCUGACGGUGCUGGAGGGCUCAGUGGAGGAGCUUCUGGUGGCGGAUCCAAAUCCUGAAGAACCUGGGGUCCACAGCGUUACUGGGAUACGUUUAGCCAAUAGCAGCCAUCCGAUCUCUGCCUCGUCUGUGAUCCUCACCACGGGUACUUUUUUGUCCGGCUCACUCUUCAUGGGCCAAACCACAUCCCCUGGAGGCCGGAUCGGAGAUGCUCCGUCAAGUUCUGGUCUGUCCCAAAUGCUGAGGGAGAGGCUGCGUCUGAGGGUUGGAAGGCUAAGGACCGGAACCCCACCCAGAAUUUUAAAGGAUUCAGUGGACCUCUCCCUGGCCAAGCUUCAACCGCCCGACAGCAACCCGACACCGUUUAGCUUCAUGAAUACUCACACACGCUGCAAGCCUGAAGAGCAGCUUCCUUGCUACCUAACCUACACAACUCCAGGUGUGGAGAGAGUGGUGAGGGAGAGUCUUCAUCUAAACUGUCACAUACAGCAAGACACCAAAGGUCCCAGAUACUGCCCCUCCAUAGAAUCGAAAGUGCUGCGCUUUCCAGGAAGAAGUCAUCAGGUGUGGUUGGAGCCCGAGGGGGUGAAUUCUGAUCUUUUGUACCCACAGGGUCUUUCCAUGACCAUGCCUCCUGACGUGCAGCUCCGACUUAUUAGGGAAAUCCCUGCCAUGCACCGAGCUGAGAUCCACACCCCAGGGUAUGGUGUGCAGUAUGACUAUGUGUGUCCCACCCAGCUCAGUCCGGCGCUGCAGGUGAAAAAUACUCAGGGACUUUUUCUGGCCGGUCAGAUUAACGGGACGACGGGAUACGAAGAGGCUGCUGCACAGGGUUUGUGGGCGGGGCUGAACGCUGCCCGCUGGGCACUGUCUCUGCCUCUGGUUGGGUUGUCUCGAACAGAGAGCUAUAUCGGCGUGCUAAUCGAUGACCUGGUGAGCCGAGGAGUUAAAGAGCCUUACCGCAUGUUCACCAGCCGGGCUGAAUUUCGCACUUCUCUAAGACCAGACAACGCUGACCUCCGCCUCACAAUGAAAGGAUAUGAGUUAGGAUGUGUGUCAUCUGUGCGCCACAACGAGGCUGUAAGAGUGAAGAGAGGUCUCCAAGAUGCAAUAUCCUCCCUCCAGGCUCUCACCAUGUCCACAACCAGAUGGAGGAGGAUGUUACCUGGGAUUAGUGUGAGUGAGAGCAAGAACAGCUCGCUGAGCGGGAUGGACUUGCUGCAGUACAAGGAUGUGUCUUUUGAAAUGUUGGCCUCUGUCUUUCCCGAGAACCUUUCAGAGUACAUGGAGUUCUCAGAGAGACUCAAAAUAGAGGCUGUGUACAAGCCUCACUGUGACCAGAGCAAAAGAGAGAUAGAGAGAAUUCAAAAGGAGGAGAACAUGGCUCUGCCACAGAACAUCGACUAUUUCACUCUACCGGUGUCUCUCUCUCAAGAAGUCAGGGAAAUCCUGGACAGGUUUCGACCCAGCACUCUGGGUGCUGCUACCCGUCUGGAAGGCAUGACUCCUGCUGCACUCGUCACACUUUUCAACUAUGUACAGUUUACAGGAAAAGAGGCGAGGACGACGAACAGGAAGCAAACGGAUCAUGAGGAGGAUCUAUGCACCAGAAAAGCAUCUUUACCUCAAUGAGAGUCAUCCAGAAAAAAGGCAAAAAAUGCCUUGUUUAAAGACUUUGACCCUUUUAUUAUUUAAAACAGUGUACUGUUUAUAGUAUAAAAUAGCUGCAAAAUAAAACAUUUAUACAUAAAUUUCA